AUGGGCACCACGAGGCUUCUCUGGGUCUGUUCUUGGGCUUCAUCGCUUCCACCGCAUUACCUUCGACACCAUAUGAAACGCCUAUGGCCCAAACCGACAGGAGUUCGUCGCCUCACUCCUACCUUCCACCUCAUGCCAUACUGCCUCAGCUCCCCUUCACACAAUAGCCUCCACUUCAGCCCCAACCAUUCGGUUGGCAGACCGGGGAGCGGUGUGUUUGAGGACACAUGUUGGGACUACGCAAGUUUGUACUUGGCAUGCGGGCCCGGACUUCCUUUUCUUCUACUGCACAGGCCACGGUAUGUUUCCAUUCGUAGAUUUUGCCCCACGUAUGGAGACACUAUCUCUUCUUGCCGUUCUCCCUACCUCCAUCCUAGGUUGUUACUGCAAAAGUGGCUGGGAGAAAUCAUCAUAUUUUCCAGGCCACAUCUAGUACAGCCGUCAUUUGCCAGAUGA